AAUUUGGAACCGAAGCACUAUAUCAUCCGGGAUUUUGCAAAGACAACUCUUUCUCAAGAUGACUAAAAGAGGUGGAAAAGCUAAGGUAUUAGCACCAGGAAAACUUCAAGAAGAACGAAAUCGCAUAAUUAACAAGAAGCAUAUCGUUAGGAAACCUGCUCAAACAACAUUGUCUAUGCAGGAUGCAUCAUCGGCACCAACACCAGCUCAGGCAGCACCGUCCGUGCAGGUUGCAUCGUCGAUGCCGACAUCAGCUUCGAAAAAAUCAUCUGUGCAGGCUGCAUCGUCGAUGCCAACACCAGCUCAGGAAGCAUCGUCCGUGCAGGUUGCAUCAUCAAUGCCAACAUCAGCUUCUAAAAAAUCGUGUGUGCAGGCUGCAUCGUUGAUGCCAACACCAGCUCAGGCAGCAUCGUCCGUGCAGGCUGCAUCGUCGAUGCCAACACCAGCUCAGGCAGCAUCGUCUGUGCAGGCUGCAUCGUCGAUGCCAACACCAGCUCCAACUGUAGUACCUGUUCAUGCCACUACCUCUGAGAAAUUCAGUUUUAUGCCUACUCCAACUUUAAGCCAUCAAACAAUGGUUGGCCCUCAAAGUAUAAACCUUCAAACAAUGGCUAGCCCUUCAAAUUUGGCAGAGGAGGAAGAUGUGGAUGCUGAUGAGGAUGAGGCGGUGGGUCAAGAAACUAUUACCCCUCUUGUGCCAACAAUAGAUGAGAAUGGGAAAGUUAUUAUAAAACCAUCUGGUACUGGGCUAGUUCCUGCCAAAGAAGUUGCUGGUGCCAUUAAUUAUGCGAUACGCAAACAAUUUUAUAAACCUAUACAUCAUUGGUCUGCACUCGAUCCUGAUACGAAAGCUGAUUGGUUUAAGUUGUUUGGAGAGAAGGUUUCGUGGGAUCCUUUCGAUCAUGCAUUUGUCUAUAGCGCAUUUGAAAAAAAAGGAAGAAAACGAUUAAACGACAUGUUGGGGAAGGCGAGGAGAAAAGGGACUCGACCUUCAUGGAUUGGUGAUGAUGCUUGGGUUGAACUUCAAACUUAUUGGAAAAAGACCGAGUUUUUGGCUGUGUCUUCUCAAAACAAGACCAAUCGAGCUUCCGCAAGAGGCGGAGCAGUCCACACCACAGGCCGUAAGGCUCAUAUUGAUGUUGCACUUCAACUUUCACGUGAACUUCAAAGGGAUCUGCGUCCCGAUGAGUUAUUUUUAAAAACACACAAGAGGAAAAAUGGUGAAUGGGUUGACAGUCAUGCUGCAUCUACUUAUAAGGGUGUUACACAGAAGACUUUUAAAGAGAAGUUUGAUGCAGAACUUCAGCCAACUGAAGAAGGGAAUGGAGAGGUUGUUCAAGUGUUAGAUGGAGAGCGUGUAAAUCAGCUAUGGACAGAGGCUGCUGGGGGCCGUAACCGUGGUCGGGUUUAUGGCGCUGCAGAUUUAGCUAUUAAUCUAAAACGUGGAUCAAAAAGUUUUACCCAACAAUCUCAAACUCCUCAACACUCUAUGUUUGGGAUGUCAUUAGAAGCUGAAAGAGCAGCUAGAAUUAGAGCUGAACAAAUUGCCGAGGCUGCAACGACCCAAUUACAAGAGGCUAACGAAGCAAUGCGAGCUGCUACCGAGGCUGCAAAAGCUGCUACCGAGACUGCACAAAGGAUGGAGAGGGAGAUGAAUGCUUGGAAGGAAUUUAUGAUGAAGAAAUUUGACACUUCAACUUUUGUAUCACAUUCUCAUCAUUAUGAUGACGAUUUGGAUGAUCAAUCAUUAGAUGAAGAUUGA